UCCCUCUCAUGCUAUUAUUCUCUAUAGUUAUUCUAGCACGAUCAGAGACUUGGUACAUCAGCUUUUCAUUGGUUGGUUGUAAUGGAAUCAUUCGACCCACCAUUUCAAGAGUUCUACAAGAAAUUAUUUGACGAUGAAGUGAACAUCAAGAACGAUACCAAUGUCUUAGAUGUUGUGGAAGAAAGAGAGCUUCCAUUGAUCGACCUUAGCCGGUUGAAUAUAGAGCAAGAGGAGGAAAUAUGCAAGAGGGAGAUAGCAAAGGCCUCACAAGAAUGGGGAUUUUUCCAAGUGAUUAAUCACGGGAUUUCGAAUCAAGUUCUGGAGAAGAUGAGGUAUGAACAAGUGAAGGUGUUCAAGAGACCAUUUCGAGACAAGGCCAACGGGCACCCGGAUUUGAAUUUUUCGACAGGGAGUUACCGAUGGGGGACUCCAUCAGCCAAUUGCUUGAGACAGAUUGCUUGGUCCGAAGCUUUUCAUGUACCACUGGCUGACAUCUCAACCACUGGAGAUCUCUCUACUCUCAGGACAACAAUGAAACUACUUGCCACGAAGAUUUCUGACUUGGCACAAAAAUUAUCAGAGAUUUUGGCCGAGCAGCUAGGCCAUAAAUCUGAUUUGUUCAAGGAAAAAUGUUCGCCUACCAGUUGUUAUCUUCGUAUGAACAGAUAUCCUGUUUGCCCCAUUUCUUCACAAGUGUUUGGAUUGAUGCCACACACUGAUAGUGAUUUCUUGACUAUUUUAUACCAAGAUCAAAUUGGUGGAUUACAAUUAGUAAAAGAUGGGAAAUGGAUCACUGUUAAACCUAAUCCAAAAACUUUGAUCAUCAAUAUUGGAGAUCUUUUUCAGGCAUGGAGUAAUGAUGUUUAUAAGAGUGUUGAACAUCGUGUAGUUACUAAUAAGCAUGUCGAGAGAUUCUCAACAGCUUAUUUCUUCUGUCCAUCUUAUGAAACAAUGAUACAAAGUUGCAUUGAGAAUUCAGUUUAUAGAAGAUUCAGUUUUGGAGAAUUCAGACAACAUGUUCAAGAUGAUGUCAAUAUGCUUGGCUACAAAAUAGGGCUUCCUAGGUAUAUCAUKUGAACCAAACUUUCAGGCCUAAGGUUUGGCCUAGAAAAGUGGAGC